CGGAGAUGAGCUGCUUUGCGCUGAGCUGAGUGGAGUGGAGUCUGGUUUCAGUGAGGCUGCAGGCAGCCACAACACGCCACCGCUCAGCACAGCGGCUAGAGCAGCUUUAGUGUGUCUUCGUCUUGGUGCGUUUGGACACAAGCGAGCUGUUGCUGUUGCUGUUCGCCAGCUGGGGGACGUGACUUGCACAACACAGCGGCUGGCUGCAUGAGUGGAUCGAGUAUUUGGAGUGCGUUUGGACGCAAGAAAGGGAGCUAUUGGAGAAAACAGCCAGCUGAGGUAGACUGACCAGUGUUUUGGACUGCUGUGGUUGAUCGCAAGCAGGCCACUGGAAAAAAAAACAGCUGCUUGUGGGACUUUUUAAGUGUGUGUUUUGGACUGCUGUGUUUGGAUGCAAGCAGAGCAGAGCGAGCUCAUUGGUGUGUCAGCCAGCUGUGGGACUUGGGACUCAGGGAAACGGGAACGGGAACAGGAAGGUGGGAAAUUGGACGAAUAAGAAAGGGGACACUGACACACACACCGCUGGCUGAGAGAGAGCAGCAACACCCAGGGCGGGAUAGUCGCCACCACCACCAGCUUCCAGCCAGCCAGCAGGAAGGAAGAAACCCCACCAUGAAGUGAAGAGGAGGACGGGCAUCGAGGUGCUACUACGCAGCAGAAUCUGCGUGAAGAAGUACUCUUUAGUUCUCCAAGACUGCCAGAGGGUGUUAUUUUAAUCAUUCAUUUUUAGUUGUUUUGUUUUCCCCUCCCCCAACUCUUUUCCCGGUGCCAUGUGUCUGCCGGAGUAGAUGAGCCUGGCUGUUGUCAAGACGGGCACGCGCAGCUAGGCCUGCAGCUGAAGGCUUGCUCCCCCGGGAGUUGAGGCUCCUACGGAGGAAGCAGAAGAAGAAGAGGGGAAGAAGGGAGGGAGGGAGAGAAGGAGGACAGGAAAAGAGGCAGGAGGGAGGGGAGUAAAGAGAGGAGUCGUGACGGGUCUCGGAGCGUCUGCCAUGACGGAGGUCAGGGUGUCCGCCUCGAGCGGCUCUGCUGCCCCCGCCCUCGCCCCCACCGCUGCCACCACCACAGUGCCCAUGAUGACCUCAUCGGCCUCCUCCUCGUCCGUGUCCAUGGCGACGGGAGUGUCGGGGUCGCCGUCGGCUUCGGUGACGUGGGCGCGGGUGUGCAAGGAGUGCGGGCAGUGCCACGAGGCGCCCGAGGCUCACCUGUACGAGUACCAAGACGAGGUGGACGACGAGCUGGUGUGCCACAUCUGCCUGCAGCCCCUGCUGCGGCCCAUGGACACGCCGUGCGGCCACACCUACUGCUACCAGUGCCUCAGCAGCUUCCUGCGCGAGCAGGACUUCUGCCCCGUGGACCGCCAGCGGCUGCAGCUGGCCCAGUGCCGGUCCAGUAGCCUGCUGGUGCGCAACCUGCUGGACAAGCUCAGCGUGCUGUGCCCCUUUCACGCCGAGUGCCAGGGCGCCAUGCAGCGCUGCGAGCUGCAGCCUCACCUCCACCACAGAUGCCCUGUUUUCCGGCGGAUGCGCGAGGAGGCCGAGAGGAGGAAGAGGCCCCCUUGGAACGAGAUCAAGGCCAGCAAGGCCGAGGCGGAGGACGGCAAGGCCACGCCCACACUGUCCCGUGGCUCCCCACGCGCCCCCAGCGAGCCCGGCAUGGUCAACCCCGCCUUCGAGGAGGGAGAGGAAGAGACGCACCUGCGUUCCAGCCUGGUUGCGGAGGCCAACGUAGUGGAGCUGUACCGCGACGAGCCGGAGGACGAGCUCGGCCUGCGUAUCGUCGGCGGCAAGGACACACCCCUCGGCAACAUUGUCGUCCAGGAGAUCGUACGCGACUCCAUCGCCGCGCGCAGUGGAAAAUUGUUUCCCGGAGACCACAUUCUAGAGGUGAACGACGUCAGCCUGGCGACGGUGUGCCACAACCGGGCCAUUGGCGUGCUGAGGCGGCCCUGCUCUGUUCUCCGCAUCACGGUCAUGCAGGAGAAGGGCUUCAAGCCGCGGCCCGACCCCCACCAAGCGCACCCUUCCUCGGGCACCGCCGCCACCAACCCUCCCCUGACCUCCACUGGCUCAUCCUCAUCCAACAACUCCUCUUCGUCCUCCUCGUCCAACACAUCGCCACAGGCCUCCAACCACCAUCACCACCACCCACACCCACACCACGCGCACCACCCGGCCCACCCGAUCCAGGGCACGGUCACCCAGGUCACCCUGGUGAAGCGGGAGCGCUCGGAGCCGCUGGGCAUCAAGCUGAUCCGCAAGUCGGACGAGUCGGGCGUCUUCAUCCUGGACCUGCUGGUGGGGGGGCUGGCGGCUAAAGACGGCAAGCUGAGGAACAACGACAAAGUGCUGGCCAUUAACGGGCACGACCUGAGGCACGGCACGCCAGAGACGGCCGCGCAGAUCAUACAGGCCAGUGAGGUGCGUGUGAACUUCGUGGUGAUGCGUCACCCGGAGGCGGAGGAGGUGGGUGAGGUGGUGGUGAUGAGGGGUGCCCGGAGAGCUCCAGAACAGCAGUUCUUCAGGAGACGCUCCACAUACAUGAAGGAGCCCCCGAGCGGCUUCUCGUGCCAGGAGAAGGCGGUGAACCUGAAGAAGGAGCCUCGCCACUCCCUGGGCAUCACCAUUGCCGGGGGGCGGGACUGCCGCAGCCGCGUCCCCGUCUACAUCACCAGCGUCCAGCCAAUAGGGUGUCUGUAUCGUGACGGCAACAUCAAGACAGGCGACGUGCUGCUGAGCAUCAACGGCGUGGACCUGACACAGCUGACGUAUGGCGAGGCGGUGUCGGUGCUGAAGGCCCAGACGGCCCAGCCCUCGGUGGCCCUGCGUGUCAUCCGCACGCUGGCCGAGGAGGACGAGGAGGAGGGCGACGCCGCCGCCAAGGAGGAGCAGGAGGGAGGGGACAGCCCCCGCGAGGACGACAUCCACUGGGCACCGCUCUGGACACGCUGGCUUGGACUGCCCAGCAACAUGCACUGGUGUCGUGACAUUGUGCUGAUGAAGACCAACACUGAGAGCUGGGGCUUCAGCAUUGUGGGGGGCUACGAGGAGAGCAGAGGCCAGCAGCCCUUCUUCAUCAAGACCAUAGUGCCUGGCACGCCUGCACACUUCGAUGGACGCCUCAAGUGUGGAGAUGAGAUCGUGGCCGUGAACGGGGCCACCACGGUGGGCAUGAACAACUCCUCCCUCAUCCCCAUGCUCAAGCUGCAGAAGAACAAGGUCACCCUCACCGUCGUCUCCUGGCCUGGCAGCCUCAUCUAAACACUACGCUUCCCUCCCGGCUUAAGGGACCUGGGCCCAGGCACCAGGUUCCCCUAGGUCCCCAGGCCGGCCACAGCUGCAUCUGCCUCCUCUGUGCUGCUUCAUGCGAGUCUGAAUCCUACAGCCAUCACAACAUGAUCAUCAACACUCACCCUGGUCUCCUGGCUGGGAAGCCUCACCUACGCCCACACUUUCCUCUUGCCUUUAAGGCUCCGGGCCUCAAAGCCUGCAACCCAGGCCCCCAAAAACGGCUCCUUUUCCAGGCCUGCUCCCUCUGUACAAUGGACAUCCAGAAUAGGAUCUAGCCCACGCUUCCCCCUUCCCCCUCCAGGGCUACAGGCACCAGGCACUAGGUUCCAGGGCCUCAGACAAUGGCCUCCCCCUGCCUUCUCCAUCAGAACAUGAGAAACCUAAAAACAGAAGCCCCAUCUAGUCCUCACCCAGUGCACUGUGUAAAUGACAGGGACAAACAAGGCAACUCCCGCCCCUUCAUAGUGAAUGAUGGAGUGACUGAGGGAACAUGUCUGUUAAGGCCCAGCUCUGAUUAUCACAAUAUGGAUAACCGAACUUCCUAAAUUGUGGAUGCUCCAUGGCUGAAGAUUAAACAGUUCAAGCUGCAAAAUGUCUUAACGAUGUUUUAUCUUAGGAAGACUUGCUCUUGUUUGUCUGGUCUGACAAGGGAGAAAGCAUGACAGGUUUGGGUCUCCUUCCCUGCCCCCCGGAAGUGUUUUAAUUGCUGUCGAUGAAUGUUUUAUAAUUAUAUAUAUAUAUUAUACGUAGAGUUUGAUCACUGGCUUGACAUCCCUACAGUUGCUCUAGGCGAGACUGCCAUGUUAGCGUGUGUGAAUGUGUGCGCGCGCUGUUAUUGGCUGAAAUGGUUGCCCCUGGAGACAGACGGCCGCCAAUCAGGGAGGAGGAAGACAAACUGACAAUCAGAUUGGGAGCUAAUUGGAUAUGAAGGAAUUAUGUUUAGGAAUUACACAUUUUUUUAUGUUGGGCCAAAAUGUCUCGCCGGCCUUUUAAUCGCUUUGUUUUCUUUGAAUGUUUCAUUUAAAUGCCUUUUUCCUUCUGUGUCUGUCACCCGUGUGUAACUUUGAGAGUUCAGUGAGAGAAUGCAGGGCAUGUUUUUUUUUUUUUAAAGCCCUGAAAGUUCAAGUUUUAUUUGUUUGUUUUUAGAACGUUGAGAUUGCGUUGGUUGAAUGUUACACGUUCCGUGCAAGACAUGCCGAAUUAAAGAGUUGCCUGUGUUGUUAUGUGUGUAGCACGAAUCACUAAUGUUACCCUUGUUAUGGCAGCGGGGGUUAUUAAGGUUCAAUAUAUAAGCAAUAGGGCCUCGUUCACUGUUAGUAUAUCUCUGUUGCAUAGCUCUCAGUGUCCAUACUCCGUAGGAAAACUAUGGCAGACGCACAGGGGUGUAUACCAAGUAUGGCAACACCUCUGAGAGCAGACCAAAACGUCUUGAGUUGGGCUACAAUGUGACUUAUGCUGAUAUUUUAAUAACUUUUACCAAAUACUAUUCGAUUAAACUGCUAGGAAAUACACAUCAUAAUGACGUUAGAUUUGCAGUAUUAAUUGGGGUUUGAUACUAUAUAAUUGGCUACCUGUGUGAUGUUCUGUUGAAUGCAACUGUAAUGAGUGUUUGAUUUUUUUGGGUGCCUUGCAUACAUUAUAAAGAACGAAGGAUGAAUCUAUGCACACCUGCCUUAAAAUGCCAAUAGACCAAAAACAUGCUAUCGUUGUAUAAUUAUUUUCUUUUCCUGCUUCUCAUGUUCUCUUUACCUGAUGACGUAUUACUCGAAUGAAUGUGUCUGAUUUGAUGUGUAGUUCACACAUGCGUCGCACAGACACACACACACACACACACACACACACACACACACAGAGACACACACACACACACACAGUUCCUGACACUUGCAUUCCAUUUCAAAAUGUUGAUUGUUUCCUUUUCCCCCCAUGGGAUGGCCCAGGCAGACAGAGGGAGGGAGAGAGGGAACGCCUUUUGCCUGUCCCUGGGUUCCUCUUAUUAUACAAUAAAGCAAUAUGGUUUCACCACAA